GGAUGGCAGUACUGCAGCGAGCAAGUGUAGAAGACCACAAUAUUCACAUCCAUCUUUCUGAAGAAGAAGACCAAGAUGGCAUGUUACCCAUGUACAUGGCAGGACAGGCACUGUCCUCGUGGGAUGCUACUGACAACGGCACCAACAAUCUGUCGACCGAUUUCUGCCGAUGGAAUGGCAUCGCCUGCAAUGAUCGCCGGCACCCUGGUCGUGUCACGGCCAUACGUUUGCGGGGUUCAGACCUAGGUGGUACCAUCUCUCCACAUAUAGAGUAUGGCUCGGGGUAUGGAGUGUCGACAGAUGGUGACAUAUAUAGCUAUGGGGUUUUGCUACUGGAAAUGCUUACUGGAAAGAGGCCAACUGACAGCUUCGACCACGGGACAAGUCUAGUCAGCUAUGUCAAGAUGGCCUAUCCAAACAAAUUACUGGAAAUACUGGAUGUCAGUGCAACAUACAGUGGAAACACCCAAGAUGUUAUUGAUUUGGUCAUUCAUCCUAUGUUUGGAAUUGCUCUAGCAUGCUGCCAGGACUCUCCAAGGCAAAGAAUCAAGAUGGACUAUGUGGUUGAGGAGUUGAAAGCCAUUAAGAAGGCAUGUGCAGCUCUUAUGGGUUCAUGAAGUGAAAGUGGCCACCUAAUAAUCUGGGAAAAUUAUAAUAACUAAUUGAGAUACCCCCAUGUGUUGCUGCGGGAAGGCUGUGAAUAAUUAUGUAAAGGUUCGAUAUUUUUAUAAUGCCAUGAAAAUGAUGUAAAAGACUGCAGAACAACUACGUGCUGAAUGCAGCGACAGGGCAAAAUCUCAGCCUUAGAUCCUAAUUAUAACAGCAACAAUCACUGCUAACCACACUUCUGAAACA